AUGGAUGGAUUUUUCAAUGGUCAGCGACUAUUUUCUGCUCCUCAUAAUGGAGCUGUCCUGGUAAGUGGCGAUCGUCUGAGAAAUCCACGAAAUAUAAGUAUUUUGGAUGAAGAUCCAACAUUCUCCGUUUAUGGCUUUCCAUCGCAUUUGGAUCGAUAUUCUGAUGAUUAUUCGCCGUUACGACAUAGAGAACGCGAGACUAUUGGUAUCCCUAUGUCAACAUCAUCAAUUCAAAAUGAAGGCACUAUUAUUCCCAUAACUCGUCUCGAAAGCAGUAACAGUAGCAGUAAUAAUUCUUUCAAUCGUCCAGUGAUUCGAGAAGUUCCUAUCCGAAUUGUAUCAGCAACAAAUAGUCAUAGCCAAACACCAAGACCAAACUGUCCAGCAUCGUCUACUUCAUUGGCCGUUGGCAGAUUUCCGGUGGAUGAUACGGAUGAUAAUUGUAUGAGCUUGGAUGUUAAUCAAGGCUAUCAAAUGCAAGAAAGAGCUGAUAUCAACUCGAAAGUUUCAUUAUCGAAAAAGCCUGUUUAUGAUAAUGUGUCAUCAAGGCUACCAUUUUUGAAGGACUCGUCUCAUAGUUUAUCAGUGAUUAGACCAGCAAAGCUUCAGGUGGCUACGGAAACAGUAAGGUUAAAAUCAAAUGAUGGAGAAUUAAUGGAGGGUGAUCGUGUGGUCUGGUUCGAUGCAUUAGGUAUACCACGUCGAGGGACAGCUCGAUGGAUUGGUUAUCUUCGUGGACAUACGAAUGUUUACGUUGGAGUUGAUUUUGAUGAAGCAAUAGGUGGUGGAACAGGAUAUUUUGAAUGUGUUGAGUUGUUCCGUUCUGCACCAAAUCAUGCAGGUCUAUUGCCAAUAUCGGUAUGCAUGAAAGAAGCAGAUAUGAAUGAUGAGGAAAAUAAUACUUCGGAUAUUGGAAACAUUGGACUAAGACAAUCUUUAUCUGAACCACAACAACAACAGCAGCAGCAACAGCAACAACAACAACAACAGCAGCAACAACAACAACAACAACAGCAACAACAACAACAACAACAACGACAGCAGCAACAACAACAACAACAAUCGUCAUUGUCGGCACCGGUUCGAAUUUGUGAGAAUAAAUCUUCUUCACAGCCAGAAUUAUUGGUUAAUGAAAAACAAAACGAGGAAACAUCCAAGUUACCGCAAUUUACUGUAGGAUCAUGCGUUGAAGUAUUUUAUCGGAACGAGUUGCGCUGUGGUGUUGUUAAAUGGAUCGAAAAUAAUAAUGAGUUAAUUCAAAGCAAGCGUUUAGUUGCUGUUGAAAUUGAAGGAGAUUUACCAUACGAUUGGCGCAUGGUGGAUAAAAUGCAACUUGAAGAUGCUCGUAAAGCUGGUGUUUUUGCAAGUGCUGUUCCGGAUUCAAUAGCUUUAGUGCCAUAUUAUGCACUUCGAUCUGAUGAUCGUUUCGCUUUAUCGGACAUUCCUGAAGGCAAUAAUAACUAUGAAACAAAAACAAUGGUGUCAUCAAAUUUCGGAAGUUUGGAUAGUGGUAUUGAAGUCCGACCGUGUUUACCGGUAAAAAAUAUCGACAAUUUGCUUGGACGCAUGAAAGGUAUUCAAGGUUUCCGGAAUAGUUGCUAUCUCGACACAACGCUUUAUGCUAUGUUUUCGCAGUGUUCAGCAUUUGAUAGCAUAUUGGAAAGCAGAUGUGAAACUGAGGCGGAUUCAGUUCAUACAGAAGUCACCGAUAUUUUGAAAACUGAAAUUGUUUAUCCACUGCGAAGGUUUCAUUUUGUUCGAGCCGAUCAUGUGUUAAAAUUACGACGAUUAUUGGAGGUACUGUUGCCUAAAAUGAAAGGUUUAACAACUGACGAAAAAGAUCCUGAAGAGUUACUGAAUGCCUUGUUCAAUACAGUAUUGCGGGUUGAACCGUUCCUUGUAAUGAGGAACACAACAGAUGGCAAAACAAAUCCGGCAUAUAUAUGUCCAUUAAUAACAGAAGAUCUAUGGAGCGAAAAACAGCGUCGAUUAAUUAGUGUGCAAACACUUCUCGAAAGAUCACUUUUUGCAUCUAAUAUUCAGUUUGCAUGUGAACCGAAAAUUUUGAUCCUUCAGUUACCACGAUAUGGGCAACAGAAAGUUUUUGACAAAAUAUUUCCACCUCAGGAAAUGGAUAUCACUCAUCUUAUUCAUGAAGGUAAACGACCAUGUGUAAAUUGUGGCAAACGUGCCGAUAUGAUGUGUCCUGAAUGCUUCUUGACAAGAGAGGUCUUCAUUGGUGAGGUAACAUAUUGUGGUAUAUGUUAUGAACAAACCCACAAUGGUUUAGAUCAUCAACCACAACAGUUAUCCAUUAGCAGUAAUUCGUUUUCGAUUUCAUCAUCUUUGUCACUAUCUCGACGAACGCAGGUACCACAAAAGAAGCUUCAACUUGCAUCUGUUCUUUGCAUUGAAACUUCUCAUUACGUAGCGUUCGUGCAUGCUCUUUACACUAACAAAUGGGUAUUUUUCGAUUCGAUGGCUGAUCGAGUGGGUCUUUCCGAUGGCUAUAAUGUCCCACAGGUGAAAUUGUGUGAAAAAAUGUCAAAUUGGUUGAGUGAUACUGGUUGGUGUCGAGUUCGUGAUUGUGUUAACCGGGAAGGACAUUUGCCGAAUGAUGUUGAAAACGAUUCGGAUUUGAUGCGAUUAUUGAGUGACUGUUAUAUUUGCUUCUAUACGGAUGAAGAGAACAAAAAUGAAGGUCUCAGUUUGUCACGUUUUUUCUCCUGA